UUGAUAGCUUGAUUUUUCAAUGUCCACUUGGGGCACGUGCGGCCUUCUCGAUGCCAUUCGGGUUUGCUUUUGCCAAAACACCUCCGAACAUGGCGGUGAAGCCGGAGUCAGAGGCAGCAGAGGCACCUUCGUCGCUCUGAAUCCCUCUGAAAUCCAAAGUCUCCAGCUUCCUCCGCAGACAACUGCUACUCUCUAUGAAGGAUGCUGCCCAGAAGCGUGGCUUGAAGGUCGUGUUCAAGAUAUCCUUGAGUCAAAUCCUUGGGUGGCUGGGGUCUUGAAGACCAACCCAAAAGAUGGGAAACUCGCUCUUUGGUUUCCUGACCAACCGAACUGGACGAAGCAUUUUCAAGUCAUAAAAGUGGAAGAUGCUCCGAGCCUUCUCCGCACCUCUUUGGAUUUCACUGUGAAAGUUGGAUCAGAAGUAGCAAACACUGCGCAGCCCCUCUGCCAAAUUACAGCUAUUACAGAGCCGACGAGACAAAGAUGGAUCCUGCAGAUGUCUAUGUCUCAUGCAGUUGCUGACAGCCACACCUUCUACGCAAUCCACGGAAUGUUGGACGCUCGUUCAGAUGUGUGUCCAAUGGAGUUUGAACGUGUCGAAUUCAAUCCACUUACGUGCUUGAAAGCGCCGCUGCAUUGGAAAUGGUUGUUUUUCAGCUGCUGCCGUCUCCUAUGGUUGCUGAACCCUUGGCCCAAGAGGAAUGAGAAACCUGUCAUUGAGCUCAGGUAUGUGAAGGAGGCGUGGCUACAACGGUGGAAGUCCCAGCACGAUCCUGAUCUUGACGCACCACAUGUCUCUGCAAACGAUUUGUUAGCUUCGUGGUUUUUUUCAGUCACUCAGCCGGCAUGUGGAUUUAUUCCAAUCAACAUGCGGGACCGCAUGCCUGGCCUCGGAGUUCAACAUGCCGGUCUGUAUACCACGAUGCUGAUUUUCUACCCGGAGGAGUACAAGAGAGCUGCCAACAUCCGCCGUGCAGUGACACGCUUGUGCCCUGCAUGCAUGCCUGAUGCUUCUCGGCAGGCGCCUGGCCCGGGCUCUUGCUGUGGAGCAGUGACUGCUUGGCAUAUGUUUUACCGUGAUGUGAACCUUCCCGGAUGUAAGCAGCUCUCGCACUUUCCAGUCACUUCGGUGUGGAAAGAUUACCCCGCAAUGAGGUGUCCUUUUGCGCUCAUCUUCCGGCCAGAGGCUGACAGGUCGGCAAUGUGCACAGUCACAGGUGCAAAGCUCCCGGAAGAUCCAGAAGGGCCGUUGGGAGACUUGUUGGGACAUGCAGGUUUGGAAGUUCUAGAUUUGUGGUGAUUCACUUUCAACUGCUUCUGCUGCCAUAAAAAGUGCACUGAAGUCACCGCCCUGGUUUGCAC